CUGCAGUUUUAUUGGAUGUUUUUUCUAAGCGCUCGCUUCUAGCCAAUGACAACAGGCAGAGCCGCAGAAUGGGCGGUUCAUCAAAUGUAAACUUAAAACAGCAACAAACUUUUGAGUGCCGUUAGUACGCUGAGCGCCUGUGGAGUACUGAGGACUGCGGGCUUCUUCUUUCGGUUGUGGAUUUUCAGAGUAAUUUAAACCGAUUCUCGUUAUGGAUUAUAAGUAUUAAUCUAGAAAGUCUAAGAGGCGCUAAGAGUUUUGUUUUUUUACUUUUUUGUAUUAUUUUGAGCAUUCAAUUUGAAAAAAUGUUGGACAAGCGUUUGGAUGACCUGUACCUGCGCCAGGUUAACGACAUAAAGGAAAAAGCUGCGAAGGAACCCUUCGAGAAGACAUACCACAUGGGAGCCCUUCUCGGGAGCGGCGGGUUUGGGUCGGUCUUCGCCGGCCAGCGUAUCUCAGACGGUUUGUCGGUGGCUAUAAAGCAAGUGCCAAGUGACCGGGUACAUCAAUGGGCACGACUGCCCAAUGAACCUAAUUUGGUUCCCAUGGAGAUCGCCCUUCUUCUGCAGCUGAGUGGGGGUCAGGUGUCCGGCCCUGUGCACUGUGGGGUGAUUCGGAUGCUGGAUUGGUUUGAAAAGCCAGGGGAAGGCUUCCUGAUUGUAUUUGAGAGACCACAGCCAUGUCAGGAUCUGUUUGACUUCAUUACAGAGCGCAGGGCCUUGGAGGAGCCACUUGCACAGAGGUUCAUGAAGCAGAUAGUGGAGGCUCUUCAGUUCUGCCAUUCAAGGGGUGUCGUACACAGAGAUGUAAAGGAUGAAAAUAUAUUGGUGGACACUCGUACCGGAGACAUCAAGAUCAUUGACUUUGGCUCAGGAGCUCUGCUUAAAGAUACUGCCUAUACAGACUUUGAAGGAACUCGAGUAUACAGUCCCCCAGAGUGGAUACUGCAUGAGCGUUACCAUGCAAGGCCUCUGACCGUCUGGUCUUUGGGGGUGCUGUUGUUUGACAUGGUCUGCGGUGACAUUCCCUUUGAGAGAGACGGAGAGAUAGUGAGGGCGAAACCCAGUUUCAAAAAGCGAAUAACCAAAGAAUGCCAGUCUCUGAUUUGCCAGUGCCUAGAACUCCGACCUGAAGAUAGACCAACCCUCGAUCAGAUAUUGCGUCAUCCUUGGAUGCAGAUGUCAGAUGACUGUGGAGAUUUGCAAGAAGGACAAAGUCUCAUGUCAAGCCAGUCAAGCCUAUGAAGUAUUUUUCUAAUGGCUUAAGGAAGCUUCAGCUGCCUAAGUAGUUCUCACUCUGAUUUACUGAUUCACUGUUUCUCACCUUGUCACUUCUAUCUGGAGUAUUUACUUUAAAUUUCAUUGAAAAGUCAGCUAUAGAUACUAAAGGUAUAACAUUAUUUAAGCUCUUUUAGAUGUUCAAGAAAACACUGACGGUACUAUGACUGUGCAAAAAAAUUGGAAUUUAUGGUAUGGGGGAAAAAAGGAUAAGUGUCACAGGCAGAGGAAAUUUGUUUUAGUUGUUAAAAGCAAAUAUUUUCUCUGGCAACAUAUAUCACAUCAGGUAUAACUUGUGUUUACUGGUGACUAUUUAUAUGUAUUUAUAUGAGUUUAAUGGGCAUGUUGAAGUUUCUGAUACCAGUGAAUGUCUUAAACGCCUCAAAAUAGACUGGAAAUACUUGUAUAUGAUUAUGAGUUAAAAUUAAUCUGUCAUGUUUGGACCUGGUUUUACAGGUUAUUUAAAACAAUAUUCCUUAAUACCUCAGGGGGGAAACAUAAGCAUCAUAUUUUUGCAAUCUUCAAUAUAAUGUUCCAUCUUUGCAAAAGUCUGGGACAGAAGUUCUAUAGACUGGCAGUCAUGUAAUUUACCAGUGGUCUUUUACAGAGCUUGGUAUAAAACUGCAUUUUAUAUUGUAUGAGGAAAUGUGUUUUACUGUUACAUUGCUGGAGGCAUAAAUGCAAUCAUGGGUGGUUAUAUUAGUGUUGUGGAGCUCAACCCAAGUGCCCAAGAAAGUUUAAUUGUCAUCAAACAAUGCAAUGUUUUUCUGUGCCUGUAAAACCAGGACAGUUGUGUAAAAUAUUUCUUAAAUUUCCAUCAAGGAAAUGAUUCAGUUUUCCCCCCUCAGGUGAAUAUUAAAUGUUUAUAAAGAGAACCAGAAUCUGUUUUGUCACCUACUCUCUGAAACACUCCCUCAUAUUUCAGCCAGUUUCAGUCAACCACAAACUGGGUGAAAUACUUUUCUGAGCUGUUUUGUAGAUGUUGGUCAUUCUGGGCCAAAUCAGUCUACCUUAUUUAUUUAUUUAUUUAUUUAUUUUUGAUAAUGUGGUGAUAUAUUUCAAUUGCUUCUUGUUUCCUAGUUGUCUGAUGUAUUCUUCAUAAAUAAAACUUCGGCUAUAAUUAUUUUUAAAAUUAAACAGAUUAGUUUUACACCUUUUUCAAGCAGAAAUAUCUUAUACAGACCUUUUUUCCAUUUUGUUGUGGUGCUUACCUCUUGGAAUCUUGCUUCAGUUGAUGUGCUAAAACCAUGUUGAUGCAUUUUAGUUUUAAGAUAACAAUGGUUUUGCAGUUUCAUUUGUUGCAUUGAUUGCCAGUGAAGAUGUAUCUGAACAGCUUUUGGACACUGAACCUUUGGCAAAGAGAUUUGACAGUUCCACUCUCACUCUUUUAAAAUUUAUUUUUAUAAUAAUCCUGGUUUAUUUGCUGGGGUUGGUACAUCUUUGAUGUAAAUACUUAUGUAUUGUUCAGUAUGUGGCAGUUGCCACAUUUGUGUUAUUUUUAAUAACAGAUAACUGAGAUAUGAAUGUGUGAAAAUUUUGCUAUUUAUUAAAAUGAUUAAUAAUUUUAUGGAUCGCUGAAUGUUAAUAAAGUCUACCAAAAACAAA